CCUGCAUCCUUUACAGGAAGACAGAGAGCUAACGGUGUGUGUCCGUGCACAAGCGACUACCUUUCACUCUUUUCUAUUUACUUUCAUCUGUCUGCAGUGUGGGAUAUGGAUUUUUGCUGAGGUCUAAAACAGCUGCAUUGGAAGAUCCCACAAGGAUGCAUUUGCGUCUGUUGGUGCUGGUGGCAGGCUUGAUCUUGCAGAAGGAUCACACCAAUGUUCCUGAGCACGAUGAUGACAUCAUCAUCACCAGCAUGAGGUUGCGCGAGGGGCAGUUGGAACAGGAAGGCGCCAACCUGGUGCCAGAAACAGAGACGGUAACCAAGGCCACGACAUCGAAGGACCACCGGGAGAGUCACUCCGUCCUGCAAGCAGGGGACCAGGAUUUGGGGCAGAUCAAGAGUUCGGAGCCACACCAGCCUGAGCUGCAGGUGGGCGAGUCGUCGCUGAAAGAGAACCGUUUCACGGAGGACGAGACAGAGAUGAAGACACCUGAGCCACCCCCCAAGGAAUAUCCCGACACAGAAGACGCAGUACAGUCAGAGAAUGAAGAGCCGUCAGGUGUCAGCGAGAAGCACUCCCCACAGCAGGAAGUUGUCACAGCACAUCAACAUCAUGCCCCUGAAGAACCAGAACCAGAGUCAAGAAUAGAACCAGAACCAGGGUCAAAGAAUAGAACACUGGCAGAGGGUGGGAUAGACGUGCCUGAAGCCAUUCUGUCUGAAAAUGAGGUGAGCCAUGAGGCAGAGGAAGAGGCACACCUGUCUCACUCUGAUCUUAGUGACCCUGACGUGAACUCGAAAGCAUCUGAUGACCAAGGUGCAUCUCGUAGUGGUGACAAAUGGUCAGAAACAGAGAAGCAACCAUCUCAGUUUGACCUUAGUGACCCUGGACGUACAGAGAAGCAACUAGAUAGCGAUGUGGGGAUAGGGUCACAGACAAAACCUAGACAAAGUCAAACCUCCACUGAUAGCACUAAUUACAUGUGGUAUCUCAACGUAUUCUCCGUCAUCGCCUUCCUCUACAGUUGCCUGAGGGGCAACUCACGGGACCAGGAAAUGCCCCAAGCGCCAAAAAACCAUGACCUCCAGGCCGCCCGCCCCGUCUCGGCCGAGAUCUCCGUCCCAGAUCGGGAGACUCUGACGGGCUUCUACGACCACUACGUCCACGUGCCCCCCCACGAGAGCCAGCGGGUGCGCGAGUUCGUGGAGGGCUUCGUGGACGACCUCCUGGCAGCCAUCCGGGAGACGUCGGGCGACCGAGCCGACAUGGAGGUGGACGACUUCAUCGAGGUGGGCAGCCUCUACGAGGCCUGGUGCACGGGGAGGACCUUGACCUGUGACCUCUGGGUGCCCGUCUCCCCCCGCGAGCCGUACAGCUUCGAAGCCCAGCUGUCGACUGACCAGGACGGACACGGCAAGUCCGAGGUGCGCUCGGGAUACGGGAGGGUGAAGGUGCGUGAAGGUGGACGAGGCACUGCCAAUGGAUGCCCAUGCGGUCAGACCGGCGAAGACAACGAUAUGCUGUGCCUUCUUCAUACCCAUGAGAAAAAGGAAGAGAAAAAUGGUGAGGUCGCAGAUGCCAUAGACGCACCCCUGUGCUGUGAGAACACCCCUUACCUGUCCAGAACCGACGUGGCCAAGUGGUUCCGGUCAGCCGUGCGCAAAGCCUGGGAGCAGAUGUCGCACAAGUACGAGCUGGAGCUGACGUUCCAGAGCCGGGAAUCGUCGGGGGCUUUGCGCGUCCGGUUCCGUUCGGGGAAGGCGGUCCACUUCAACGUCACGCCCGUGGUGAAGUUCGACGACACGGACAUGUGUCUGGUCUCCUACGUCGCACCGAAGAGGAAGGACGGCACACCGGUGGAGGCCCAGCAGUGGCCGCUGUCGUUCGCCCGCUACGAGAAAAGCCUCCUCAGGCACCUCGGCCGGCGCCUCCCGCCCAACGCCUGCCACCUCCGCUGCCUGCGGAUCCUGUCCUUCCUCAACAAGAAACAAGCCGGGCUCACCGGCGAGAGCGGCCUCUCCAGCCACCACCUCAAGACGGCCCUGCUGCACCUGCUGCUGGACAAGGCGCCGUCGGAAUGGGGCCCGGAGCACCUGGCCGGCCGACUGCGGGACGCGCUGGACCUCCUCAAGAGCCGCCUGCAGAAGAGAUGGCUGAGUCACGCUCUCGUCGGCAACCCACUGGUCCCACCAGAGCUCGGGCUUCCCGCAAACGUGUGUCAGUCAAAGCCCAUUAAUGUUUUACAGCCGCUCUUGAGUCAGGGACGGCUGUACACCAGAACUGUGCAGCACUUUGAGGAAAUGCUGAGGAAUAUUCCCGUGCUGAUACAGGAGUAUAUGAACGUUCCAAAGAAGGUGGAUUCCAGCUCAUAAAAAGUGAUUUAGACAAAGACUGGCCAAAUUGUGAACUGUGCAUGUUAAGCCCAAUGUUGGGUUGACAAGUCAGGCUCCAACUUCAGUGUUGUCAAUACAUCUCUACAGUGUCAUAUUGUGAGAAGAUUAAUGUAUCAGUGUAUGUAAGCUUGGCAUCACUCUAAAAACAGUAUUUCUAGUUCCAAACAAAAUACCAUACCCAGUUGUAAAAUCUACUUUAAAAAUGGUAACCGGUUCAUUCAUCCUUUAUUGAUGUGCC